CAAAAUUUUUCAUUCACUAAUCUAAUUCCAUAGAAUUCAAACCAUAUUUUUUAAGUUUCUUCCAAAUUGCAAUAGUUUCAAAUUAUUUUGGAACCACUGUUAAUAAAAAAAGCUUUGCCAUCGAAGCUGACUUCGAUAACUCGUCUAUCAAUUCGAAUACAAUGGACUCUUCCGACAACAUUUUCUUCACCAAUUUUACUGUAAUUGGUCCCAUUGAAGAUAAUCUCUUUCCAAAAUAUGUUAAAGACUUGGCUGCGGUUGCAGGUGUUAAAGGCUAUGUUUUCUUCGAUAGUCACCGUGACGUGUAUGUUGGACAUAUUGAGGGUUCAUUGGAAAAAUUGCAAAAGUUCGAAAAGUUCUUUCGUCUACAAGUUAAUUUCUAUCUACUGAAACUUUUAUUCGAUGACCCAAAAGAAACCCGUAGCCUUUAUUGUAACACCUUUGAAGUCUUAACCUUCGAAAAUAUAUGGGAUACAUAUAACGGUGCCAACUAAUACGUUAGCAGCCUGCAUACCGUAAUAAAAAUUAAUACAAUAAUCUAAUAAGAGAUCCUAAGUGUCGAAACCAUGUACCGCACAACUAAUGACGAUGGCCUUGUGAGUAAAUUUGUCAGUCCAAAUAAUUGUAAUUCUUCAUCUGUUUUGUUACUACAUACUUUUCAAUAAAACACAAAUAGAAACUACAGAUCUUUCUGAUUUGAGUAU